GGUAUGGAUUGAAGAAAGCCCAGAUUUGAAACUAAAAUUACAGUAUAAUUCUAUUGCGAGUUGCGAAGCAAAAUAUUGGAAGCAGAGGAGAGCAGCAGCGCAGAAAAGGAGAGCUGGCAGAAAAAGAAGAAGAAAGAUUGGCAUUACUGAUCAAGAAAUGUCCCAACAUGAGACUUCUCAAUCAAAUCCACGCUCACAUUCUCACCCAUCCCCACCUCUCUCCCUCCACCUACGCUUUCUCUCUCUCCAAAAUCCUCUGCUUCGCCGCCUACCGCGAUGUCCACUACGCCAAGCGCCUUCUCUUCCAGAUCCGCUGCCCUAACAUCUUCGCCUACAACACCCUCAUCAGAGGAUUCCUGCACCACGCCCCCUCUGCGGAGCCCAUUUUCCUCUUCAGGAGAUUGAUUCGAUCCAAAUUCCCGCCCUCCAACACCUUCACGCUGGCCUUCGUCUUCAAAUCCUGCUCGAUGCUCCCGGCGCUCCACGAGGGGCGCCAGGUCCACAAGCACGCCAUUACCUCCGGAUUGGCUGGGAAUUCGUUCGUGCAGACCUCGCUGCUCAACUUCUACGCCAAAUGCGAGGAGGUCGGGCUGGGCCGGAAGGUGUUCGACGAAAUGUCUGACAGAAACGUGGUCGCGUGGAGCGCCAUGAUCGGGGGCUACGCGAGGGUUGGGAAGGUGAACGAGGCGUUGGAGGUGUUUAGGGAGAUGCAGAAGGGCGGGGUGAAGCCGGAUGAGGUGACGAUGGUGAGUGCUAUCUCUGCGUGUGCGAUGGCUGGAGCGCUUGAUUUGGGGAAAUGGCUGCAUAUGUUUAUUGAUAAGAAGGGGAUAAAGAAUGAUCUUGAGGUGAGCACGGCGCUUGUGAAUAUGUACGCCAAGUGUGGGUGCAUUGAGAAGGCGCGGGCUGUUUUUGAGGCCAUGCCCGUGAGGGAUGCAAAGGCGUGGAGCUCUAUGAUUGUCGGAUUUGCUAUCACGGGAAUGGCAAACGAGGCGUUGGAGAUGUUCCAGAGAAUGGGAGAAGCUCAGGUUGAGCCUAACCAUGUGACCCUUAUUGGAGUGUUGUCGGCAUGUGCCCAUGGCGGCCUUGUAGCCGAGGGGAGGAAAUAUUGGUCGAGCAUGCUUGACUGUGGGAUGGAGCCGUCUAUGGAGCAUUACGGCUGCAUGGUUGAUCUAUUUUGUCGUGCAAACAAGGCCGAAGAUGCAUACGAAUUCGUGGCAAGCAUGCCCGUUGCUCCUAAUCCAGCAAUAUGGCGAACAUUGGUGGUCAGUUUCAAGAAGAACAAGAUGUUCCACAAAGGCGAGGAAGUAGCUAAGCAGCUUCUUCAGUUGGAGCCACAUAACGCAGAGAAUUACAUACUGCUUUCGAGCUUGUAUGCAUCUGCAUCAGAUUGGGUUAAGAUGAGUAGCGUGAGAAGGCAGAUGAGAGAGAGGGGGAUCAAAGCUGUGCCCGGGUGCAGUUCCAUUGAGAUCAAUGGGCAUGUGCAUGAGUUUGUGAUGGGCGAUUGGUCCCAUCCUGAAGCUAAGGACAUAACCGAUUUCAUAUGUGAAGUGUCGGAGAGGGUUCAGGCCAGCGGUCAUGAACCUUGGAUCGCGUCUGUUUUGCAGAAUGUUGGUAAUGGGGAGAAGCUGGAUGCUCUCUGGGAGCACAGUGAGAGGUUGGCCAUUGCAUACGGUCUGUUGAAGACGAAGGCGCCUGCAACUAUUAGAGUAGUGAAGAACCUUAGGGUCUGCGAAGACUGUCAUGAAGUGACAAAGACUAUAAGCAAGUUGUACAAUCGCGAAAUCAUCGUUAGGGAUAGAAUUCGGUUCCACAAGUUUGUCGAUGGAGUCUGCUCUUGCCAGGACUUCUGGUGAAUCUUCAUUCAUUGUUUGAUUUCAAGAUUCUUGGCUCCUAAUUCAGAGUGGAAGUUUUGGAUCACAUUAA